AUGUUAAAAUUGAUAAGUUUGAAAGGAACUACAAAAGGUGAAGAUAUUUUUCACGCUGUUGAAAACAGUUUAUGCGAAAACAAUUUGGAUUUGGAAAUUAUUUCUGGAAUAUCAACUGAUGGUGCACCUGCUAUGGUUGGCAAAGAAAAAGGAGCUAUAAAACUACUGAUCGAUAAAAUAGAAUCUACCAGAAAAACUAAUAAUUUCUGGAAAAGAGAUGAUUUAUUUAUAAUCCAUUGUUUGAUUCAUCAACAAAAUUUAUGUUCUCAAGUAUUAUCGAUGAACCAUGUUAUGCAAGUAGUUAUAAAAACAGUGAAUUACAUUCGAUCACAUGCGCUUCCCCACCGACAAUUUAAGGAGUUCCUGAAAGAAUUGGAUUCAGAAUAUGGUGACGUAGUAUAUUUCAGUCAUGUCAGAUGGUUAAGUCGUGGAAAAUGUUUAAAGCGAUUUUAUGAGUUACGUCAUGAAAUUGACUUGUUUAUGAAUGAUAAACAAAAACCAGUAUUAGAAUUAAGUAAUGAUGAAUGGUUAUUAGAUUUAUGCUUUUUAGUGGAUAUUGUCGAAAAACUGAACCAAUUAAAUAUAUCAUUACAGGGAAAAGAUAAUUUAAUAAUUGACUCAUGUAAUUACAUCAAUGCAUUUCAGAAGAAAUUGUUGUUAUUUGAAUUUCAAUUAAAAAAUAAUAACGUUCAACACUUUCCAUUGCUAAACGAAUUGAAAAAUUCCAAACAUAUCGAUAGCAUAAAAUAUGCACAAGAAAUAAGGAAACUUAUAGCUGCUUUUGAAAGUCGUUUCACUAAUUUAGACAAAUACAAGAAAAUAUUUGAAGUAUAUUCAUCUCCUUUUCAUACGGAUGUCAAUUCGGCCCCAGAAUAUCUUCAGAUGGAACUCAUUGACUUACAAUGCAAUAAUGAAUUAAAACACAUUUUUGAAACAUCAAAAUCAAAAAUAGAUUUUUAUAAUAUUAAUAUCACAAAAGAACAUUUUCCCAAUUUGAGAAAUCUGGCACAAAAAUUUGUGAGUGCUUUUGGAUCGACUUACACUUGUGAAUCGUUUUUUUCGAAAAUGAAAUUCGCCAAAGAUAAAUCACGCACAAACCUAACAGAUGAAAACCUGCAACAUCAAUUACGGUGUGCAAAUACAAGUAUUUAUAUUGAUUUGAAAAAGCUUAGUGAACGAGUUGAGAAACAAAUAUCUCACUAA